AGCGUCUGCGUGCACCUACCUUUAGCACGAUGUCGACGUCGUCGGCGUAAUAUUAAAGCUAGUUAGCGUGUAUUAUCUUCGACGUCGGUUGUGGAACUCAAAAAAGGCGAGUGAACACGUUUACUAAAUCGUAUAGUAAAAUGCGCACAGUGCUCGGAAUAGUUUUAUUUUUGUUUGUAAAUGAUUCAGUUACCGGCACCCGUCAUAAUUUAAGUUCAUAUGAAAAACGUAUCGCCUCAGGAGAAUUAAGAAAAGCAUGUUCUAAAUAUGGCCUUCUACCUCAACCAAUUCGUCGUGUUAACACAACUGACCGAUUAAUAGCCUUACGAAGACUACUCAACGACCCCGCGGAGUUGAAAGAUCCGUUGCCAUUACACGCUGUGUUAGUUACAUCGGACGAUGAUCAUCAAACAGAAUUUGUAUCGAAUUAUGAUAAGCGAAGGGAAUACAUCUCUGGAUUUAGCGGUGGAGGAGGCGACGUAAUCAUAACCAUGGAUAAAGCCGUUUUGUGGGCCGACGGGCAAUUUUACCAGCAAGCCAACGACGAAUUAAAUUGCGACUGGUUGUUAAUGCAAGAUGGCAAUCCGUUGGUGCCUUCCCAAGCCGAAUGGCUAAUAUCGGAGUUUCCUCAGGGGGCGCGAAUUGGCGCGGAUCCAAAAUUAAUAGCUGCCGACUAUUGGAAUGCGUUGGAAUACGAAUUACAAGAAAAAAGUGAUAAAUUGGAAUUGGUAAAGACUAAAAUUAACUUAAUUGACAAAAUAUGGACAAAUCAUAGUCAGACUGAUGAAGAGAAGGAUGCUUUUACUUUGCAUGAUAGUUUUACAGGUAAAAAUUGGAUGCUUAAAGUGAAAGAAACCAGACGGGAAUUAAAACAUCUGGGAGCAGAUGCAAUGGUUGUUACAGCAUUAGAUGAAAUUGCAUGGUUGCUUAACAUCCGUGGACGCGAUAUACCAUACACACGUUUCGUUAAAGGUUACGUACUGCUAAGUCAGACAACAAUUACAUUGUACGUCGAUCCAAACAAGACCAAAUUGAACGUAACUUCUUUCUUUAAUGCGGAAAUACCAGGGUUAACCGAAUCCACCGUGGAAAUGAAACCUUACGAUGAUAUUUGGAUUGAUUUGCCGACUCGUUGUCAAAUAUGGAAAACAGUCCUUGUACCGUCAUCUUUCGUUUACAGUGCAGGCGCUAGUAAAAUGAUCUACGAUUUAGUACCCGAUGAAAAACGCAUUUCGAAACCAUCCCCAAUAAUUCACCUGAAGGCGGUAAAAAAUGAGGUUGAACGAAUUGGUAUGAAAAAUGCGCAUAUACGGGACGGUGCGGCAAUGUGCAAGUUUUUGGAGUACUUCGAAAGACGGUUUAAAGCAGGCGAUCCUUGGGAUGAGCUCAAAGUUUCGCAAGAAAUUAACAGAUUUCGAAUGGAGCAACAUUUAUCCGUGGAUGUCAGUUUUAGAACUAUUGUGGCAUUCGGAGCGCACGGCUCUCAGCCGCAUUAUGAACCGAGUGCCAUUACUUCGUUGCCUAUUUUUGACAAUAGCACCCUAAUAAUAGACUCCGGGGGUCAGUACUGCGAUGGAACAACUGAUGUCACAAGAACUGUGCAUUUAGGCGAACCUACUGAUGAGAUGAAAGACGCGUAUUCAAGAGUACUUAUUGGUUCGAUUCGGCUAGCGAGUUUAAUAUUUCCGGACAAUCUGAAACCUAGUAGCAUCGAUGUGUUGGCACGCGCACCGCUGUGGGAAAUUGGUGAAGAUUAUCAACACGGAACUGGACACGGGAUUGGAGCUUUUUUGGGCGUGCACGAGUCUCCAGUGUACGUCCAUUACAACCCUAGGAUGAGACAGGAUCAUUUUAAAGUAGGGUUCUUCUUUAGUAACGAGCCUGGAAUUUACUUAGAAAACAAAUUUGGUGUCAGACUUGAAAAUAUCUUGGAGGUUGUAGAUAAGCCCUAUUUAAAACAUACGUACGGUAGAGCUUAUCUGGGAUUUAGUGACGUAACUCUCGUUCCGUAUUCCAAUAAACUAAUUAAUUUUGAUAUGCUUUCGAAUCAGGAGAAACGCUGGCUAAACAGUUACAAUGCAAAAAUUAGAAGGCAAAUUGGUGCUGAACUGAAACGUCAAAAUGCCACAGACGCUUUUUAUUGGAUGAUGGACAAUACUCAACACAUUCCAGUAUCUCAAGCAACCCUCCAUUGUCAAUCAGUUUACGUUUUUAUGUCACAUAUCUUUCUUGUACAAUUAUAUUAUUUUAUAUUUUAGUGAUAGCGAGUAGGUGUAGUGUAAUUCCAUUAAGUAUAAAUUCUAGUGCUUUAAGUGUUGUAUCUAUGUUUGUUAAAGUUACUGUAGUUAUACGUGUAUUACAGCUAUAUUUUCUGAAAAUAUUUAAUUUACUGCUAGAAAGAG